AUGGUGCACACACUUGGAAGUUACAGCUUGUCCGAAAUCAAGCAUUCCACGCUUAUAAUCCCGUCAAUUGCUAUGGGGAACAUCCCACAGCUAACUGUAGAUCUAUUGAUACAUACGCUCUCGUUCACCAAAAUAGCUAUACUCGACGACACCUACCUCCACCCAUUUUCGUCACCCAAUGACUUUCUGGAGCUCGUUGAUGCGACAGUAACUGCGAAAUAUGGCAUAGCUAACCCCUUAGAAGUAUACUAUAGUGCCAAGGACAACCUCACCUUGAUCCAACAGAGGUCUCCCAUAAUAAAUAACUUCACUGAAAUAUUCGUGGACAGUGUGAUCUACAAAUUCAUUGAAGAACAAGAGUUUUCCAAGAUUAUUCUUUUGGAUUCGUCGGACGCUGGUCUUUUGGAGAACUUGACCAGUGAAAAUAAGGUUGAAAUAUUCACCAACGAAGACUUGAUGUACAAGUCGCUUGAGUCGUUGAAGAUUUCCAAUAAGUCUGAACCCCAGUCUCUAGCAUCAAAUGAUCCGUACAAAUACACCAAGUACAUACAGCAGCUAAUUAAGGCUUUGAGACCUACUAAAAUUGAACUUGAUGUACUUGUAUCACAUGUAUAUGAGGGUGAUAAUUUCAAUGAUGCCGAACUCUUGGCUGACCAGCUUGUGUCGAGGCUAGAAACUAAAGAUUAUAAGAAGUGGGUGAGACCAAUAAGUUGGUCUGGAGCGUACGGUGACAAGCCUGUUCCCAACGCAAUGGAACAAGGGUUAUAUGGUUAG